AUGUACCAGCACAGCCACGACGCCUCUGUAAGUCCCGAGAAGAGGAAGCAGAGGCGGAUACGCACUACGUUCACCAGCGCCCAGCUCAAGGAGUUGGAGAAGGCGUUUGCCGAGACCCACUACCCGGACAUCUACACCCGCGAGGAGAUCGCCAUGAAGACUGAUCUCACCGAGGCUAGAGUUCAG